AUGGCGGCAGUAGCUGUCGAAAGCCUCGACGCCGAUUUACGUGCCCGCGAAUUGCUCAAACGAGACACCCGGCCUCGGAAGAUUCAAUUGACUGAGACGCGUGGCAUGCAGAAUGGUAUUCGUACUUUGGUGGGAUUUUGGGAGGAUUUGACAAGUUCGCAUGGGCUCAAUACGACUGGUAGAAGGUGGCGUAGGGCUGUUGCUGGAAAUGGGAGCUGCGAUGGUUUGUCCAAGCAUGAUGCGGACACAAAAGUGGUGCCRAGGGAGCUGUUCCGUCCGUACAGAAUUACGGGAUUGAGGGAUACGGAGACGGGACCACCAAGCUAUGACGAAUGCGCACAGGACGCGCCCCCAGAUUAUACGGCUACAGAUGCACUUGCGAGCAUUCAAAACUUUCGCGAAACCGACGGCGCAAUACAUGUUGGUCAUGAUGGCCGAGAACCACAGAAGAAGCGACAGGGCCCUUCCGAUUUCGGUGAUGUCAAAGUCGAUUUCUUAAGCACCGAGCAUAUUCGAACGAGAGCAAAGAAGAAGGCCAAGCAGGCGGCAAAGCAGGCUCAAGCAAACAAGUGGGGCGAAGGUGGCGACGAAGAGGAGAAGAAAGAAGAGGGUGCUGCCGAUGGUGGUGAUGCAGGUGGUGGUGGAGAGGAUGCAGGUGCAGGCGAUGGCGGUGGAGAUCCUCCUGGUGAUGGUGGCGGCGGUGAUGAUGGGGACGAUUGGUUCGGCGGUGGUGGCGGUAAGAAGAAGAAGGACAAGAAGAAGAAGAAAAAUGCUUGGGACGAUGAUGAAGACGAGGAAAAGAAGAAGGAGGAGGAAGCUGCGGUCGAGACGGUCGAGGCCGUGCCUGAACCUGAUCCUGUCGAUGAUUGGGGUUCUUUUGCUCCUGUGGGGAAAAAGGGCAAGAAAGGGAAGAAAGGAAAGGAACCAGAUCCGCCCGCCGAAGAGCCUGAACCGAUUGUUGAAGUUCCAGAGCCCGUUGCUGUAGAGGCGACUGCCGACGACGAGUGGGGAGGUUUCUCAACCACCAAGAAGAAGAAGGGCAAGAAGGGCAAGGUCGAGGAAGUUGUUCCAGAACCGGAGCCAGAACCAGAGCCAGAGCCAGAAAAGGUCGAACCCGAGCCUGUAGAUGAAUGGGGCUCGUUCGCAACUGUCGGCAAAAAGAAGAAAGGCAAGAAAGGCCAGGAUCCGCCUCCCGAGCCGGAAAUUCCAGUUCCUCCACCAGAGCCGGAACCUGUUGUGGAAGUGGAUGAUUGGAUGUCGGGGAGCAAAAAGGACAAGAAGAAGAAGAAGGGCAAGAACGAGCCCACUCCCGAACCUACAACCAAGGAAUCCGACAUGCGAUUUGACGACAUCAACCUCGAAGACGACAAGGCUGUACCCAAACUCGAUAUUGAUCUAGGCUUUGGCCAGGACACCGAAAAGGCGGAGAAAGCAAGUGGUUUCAGCUUUGGGGGUUGGGGAGGAGGAUGGGGCUCUGGGGCGAAGUCAUCUUGGGGCUUUGGCAGUUCCACUGAAGCGCCAGUAGAGACCAAGCAAGAGGAUGCCGGCUGGGGCUUUUCUGCUGUGAUGAAGGAUGACAAGAAGGACAAGAAGAAGAAGACUUCUGGAGGCGCCUUUGACUUCAGCUUUGAUCAGGACGGCGGUGAUGUUGCGGGCGGCGCUGACAAUUUGGACCUCGGUGCUCCAGCUGCAAAGGCAGAGGAAGAUCCAUGGGGCGGAUUCUCGACAACGACAAGCAAGAAGGACAAGAAGAAGAAGAAGGGUGCUGUUGAACCGGAACCGGAACCCGUUGUGGAAGUACCUCCUCCGCCGCCAGUGGAAGAAGUCAAGCCAGUGGACGAUCCAUGGGCGCCAGCAACCAGCAAGAAGGACAAGAAAGGCAAGAAGAAGGCAUCGGCAUGGGCGGAUCCAGAACCAGAACCAGAGCCUAUUGUCGUCGUACCGGAACCCGAGCCUGUGGAGGAGAAGAAGGAGGAGGAAGAUACCUGGGGCACAUUUGGUAUGUCCGCGAAGGACAAGAAGAAGGCCAAAAAGAAUGCGAAAUUGGGAGUGGUGGAAGAGAAGAUCGUCGAACCCGAGCCAGAGCCCAUCCCAGAGCCCGAGCCUGAGCCACCUGCAGUCGUAGAUGCCUUUGACGGGUGGGGUGCGUCGACAACCAAAAAGAAGAAGGACAAAAAGAAGAGUGCCUUUGACUGGGCAGAGGAGCCUAUGCCCGAGCCCGUGGUCGAAGCACCUCCGCCGCCUCCACCCGAGCCAGAACCACCAGCAAACGACUGGCUAGGGGGAGGUUGGGGGGAAACGACGACAUCCAAGAAGAAGAAGGGUAAAAAAGGGGCCAUCGUCGAGGAGAUCCCUCCUCCUCCACCCCCACCCGAAGUGCCGGAGCCGGUUGCAGAUGACGAUUGGUUUGGUGGGUUUGGCAAGAAGGACAAGAAGAGCAAGAAGGCAAUCGAGGUUGUGGAGGUUGUGGAGCCAGAUCCACCAGCGGAUCUUUUGCCAGAGGCGAUUGUAGAGCCAAAGGCUGACGAUGAUUGGGGCAACACAUGGUCUACCGGUACGAAAAAGAAGGACAAGAAGGGCAGCAAAACGAAAGGAAUCGUUGAGGUGGUCGACCCUAGUCCAGGCGCAUCCGUGCUUCUGCCUGAAUCUGUUCAAGAGAAGUCUGCUGAAGAGGAUCCCUGGGGCAGCACGUGGACGACUGGCAAAAAAGAGAAGAAGAAGGGAAAGAAAGGCGAACCCGAGCCUCCGGCUGUACCAGCGCUGCCAGCGAUCGAGGAUGCUGUGCCUGAUGCUAGUGCUGAUCUUCUGGACUUAGCCGACCCUGUCGCGGAUGACCCUUGGGCAACACCCACUAUCACCAAGAAGAAAGGCAAGGCGGACAAGAAGUCCUCAAAGGUGGUCGAAGUGGACACCAAGCUUUCCAAAACCAAGUCAAAGGAUUCAAAGUCGUCUGCGCCUGUCGAGGACAUAAUUGACAUCGUCGAGGUCGUCGAACCCGAACCCGAACCUGAAYCUGAAGUCAAGGAAGAGGCGAAAGGCUGGGGCAUCUGGGGAAGCAAGACCACUACMAAGACACCAGCCAAGAAAGAAACCACAAAGGAGAGACGUGAGCGCGAGAAGCGAGAGAAGGAAGAACGCGAGAAGGAAGAGGCUGCGGAAGCACAACGCAAAGCUGACGAGGAGAUGUUCGCAGCCGCGCUCGCCGAAGAUCCCGACGAACUUCUGGAUUUUGUCGAAGAGGCACCACCGCCCCCUCCCCCAGUGAGCAAGAAACUGACAUCGAAAGACAAAGAAAAGGACAGCAAGAAGAGCAGCAAACUUUCCAAAGUUGACAGCAAGUCCAGCAAGAAAUCGGAGCCGAAGGAGGAACCAGUUCCCGAGCCCGAACCCGAGCCAGAACCCGAACCUAUCGUGGAAGAAGAAGAAGAAGAACCGAAGAAGUCUGACGGCUGGGGUUUCUGGGGUUCGUCCACGAAAUCUGGUAAGAAAGCCUCAGCCGCAACGGACGCUAAGAAUAAGAUUGGCACGGACCCCUGGUCCAAUGAGGAAGCUUCGAAGAUGCCAGAAUUCACUUUCGACGACGAUAAGCUCAAGUCAGCAACGGCUGCGCCCAAGUCAUCUGCGAACGCGUCGUCCAAGCUCAAAGCCGGUGUAAAAACAACGAGCAUCCAGGACCGGAUCAAGGCGCUUCACGCGGAACCUAUUGAAACCAAGUCGUCAAAGUCGAAGAAGAAAGCGCCACUGCCUGAACCCGAACCUGAACCUGAGUGGGAUCCUGAACCGGAACCAGAGCCGGAGCCAGAGCCGGAACCCAUGGUGGAGGUCAUCCCGGAGAAGAAGUCGAAAAAGUCCUCGACCAGCAAAUCAAAGAAAAAGGAACUCAUCGAGCCGAUUGCGCCUCCGCAAUCCCCUGUUCCAGGUGGCUUUCCGGGUGUUGAUUUGCUUGACGAUAUAGCCGAGCCUCCGCCUCCGCCUCCGUCUGACAUGGUUUCACCACCUCCGAAGAAAUCAUCAUCUAAAGAUAAAAAGAGUUCCAGCAAGAAAGAGUCCAGGUCAAGACCCGAGCCCGUUGUGGUUGCAGCGCCUCCUGAAGAUUUGCUUGAUUUCGACGACGCGCCACCAGAGUUACCGACCCCACCCCCUGAAAAGUCUAGGUCAACCAAGAAGGAGAGACCAAAAGUUGUACGCGACCAAGGCUCAUCAUCCUGGGGAUUUUGGGGUGCCACGCCUAGCAAGAAGUCGUCCAAGAAGGAAUCAACUUCCAAAGACGGCGCGGCUUCUCCCACUUCCAAAGAGCGACCCGCUGGAGUUGUGCGAUCCAAAUCGGCGCGCAAAGCAUCUGACCGGGAUCCGCUCGAGAAGGCUUCCAAAUCCUCGGGCUCGGACAAGGCCAAGUCGCGCCCAAGCACAUCUCGAGGCUUCUCAGUGUUCGGAAUGGGACAGCCUGCCCCAUCGCGCUCAAAAUCCACCCGCCACUCCUCUUCCGCGGCAAAGUCCAGCUCUCGUCGUCAGUCCGCUGCCGUGGAUGACUCUGGAUUGAUGUCUCCUCCACCAGAAGAGAGCAACCGUGAAAUGUCCUCGAAGGCUGCCAAGUUGAUGGGUAUGAGCCGGUCCAAAUCGACCCGCGAGAAAGGCACUCGCCGGAUUCCAGAUCCCUAUGCUAUCGAUUCUGACGACAUGAUCGUUGUUGAUGCGCCCGAGGAUUCAGCCAAAGAUGUUGAGGAGCCUAGAGAGAGGAAAAAGUCCAGCCGGUCCAAACGUCAGUCUACGUACAUGUCAGGUGCUCUUGGUCCCGAAGACGAGAUUAUGGUCGACGCACCGCGCGGCCCAGCUGACGAUCAUGACUUCAUUGAGCGGCCUUCACCUGUCCGCCGAACCACUUCGAGCGCAAAGAAGACUGGGAUCAUGGGCGGUAUUCUUGGAGCCUUCUCAUCGAAGCCUGCGGCAGAUCGCCGUACGAGUAAAGCCUACGAAAGCGAAGACGGCGCUCGUCGCAAGAGAGGUUCCACCUACGAUGAAGAGACCUCAAAGCGUUUGCGACGCGAUGACCGCAAGAUUGGCCGUUCACGUAAACCUUCUGACGGGGAUGGUCUGACCGAUGCAGCUCCUGUCACCGACGCGGAAGAUCCAGAAGCACGUGAAGCGCGCAGGAGGGAACGUCGCGAGCGCCGCGAACGUGAGGCUGCUGACGAACAGGCCCGAGCUGCCCGACAUCGGGAGAAAGACGGGUCGCGCCGUACUCGAACACGAGAUGACGACGAAGAGCGUCGUCGAGAGGAAAAGCGUGUUCGUCGUGCAGAGCGGGAGACUCGCCGUGCUGAAGAAGAACGUCUCGCUCGUGAGGAUGAACAAGCGCGCGAAGAACGCCGUGAGCGACGUCGCGAGCGUGAGAAGCAGCAACGGGCGGAAGAAGAGGCAGCCGCCUCACGACCCAAGGACAGCCGCCGGCGUUCUACCUAUGUAGAUGCCUCAGGCGACGAUGAAGCACGUCGCAUCAGACGGGAGGAGCGCAGAGUGCGACGCGGUGCUGAACAGAGCCGUGGUGACAAGGAUACUCCUCGUAUUUCUCGCCGUCGCUCUGAUCACCCAGCCCCUGUCGCAGCUGACGACUAUUUUGGUUCGCGCAAUGGUGAGCGAAAUCCUCGUGCGAACCCCACGACGCCGCUUACACACGCGAUCAAGACCGGMGGCGAUAAGACAGCGUCGUGGGUACACUCGCUGAACGAYUCGGCGCCCGAUCCUCCGCCUAUUGAGCGCACCAUCAUUGAUGCACCAGUUCACUAUGCGGAGGAUGAAGUGCCGGAUCACCACCCACUCGAGGGCGAUGACACCACCGCACGAGAGUUUCGCCAUCGUCGACGCCGAGAGCAAGAAGGCUACGGGCCCGCUGCCGAUGAGGACCGUAAGCGUCGGCCGCGUCGCGAGGGAGAGAACGUGCGCAGUAGCGAUGGCAGCUCAGGCCAGCGUGCGGCCGUCAACAGCAUUGGAUAUAACGACAUGGGUGGACGAACAUUCGAUGGGAGACCUGCUAUGGUUCCGCGUGGGGAGAGUAAGAGGGGGAGUUGGUUUAAAAAGAUCGCCGGCUUGUGA